AUGCAACUUUAUGGUGCCUGCCACAGAGGGCUGGGAGGUGACAACAGGUGGGAUGCCAUAACUGAAAUGGAUGAACACAAUCGUCCCAUUCAUACUUACCAGGUAUGUAAUGUGAUGGAACCAAACCAAAACAACUGGCUUCGAACAAACUGGAUUUCCCGUGAUGCUGCACAGAAAAUUUAUGUGGAAAUGAAGUUUACCCUGAGGGACUGCAACAGUAUUCCAUGGGUACUGGGAACCUGCAAGGAAACUUUCAACCUCUACUACAUGGAGUCAGACGAGUCUCAUGGAGUAAAAUUCAAGCCAAACCAGUACACUAAAAUUGAUACUAUUGCAGCUGAUGAGAGCUUUACCCAGAUGGACUUGGGUGACCGCAUUCUUAAACUGAACACAGAAGUGCGUGAGGUUGGGCCAAUAAACAAGAAAGGAUUUUAUCUUGCUUUUCAGGACAUCGGAGCAUGCAUUGCUUUGGUCUCAGUCCGUGUGUAUUACAAAAAGUGCCCUUUCACAGUCCGUAACUUGGCUAUGUUUCCUGACACUAUUCCAAGGGUUGAUUCUUCCUCUUUGGUUGAAGUACGGGGCUCCUGUGUGAAGAGUGCUGAGGAGCGUGAUACUCCAAAGUUGUAUUGUGGAGCAGAUGGGGAUUGGCUUGUGCCUCUAGGACGAUGCAUCUGCAGUGUAGGAUAUGAAGAAGUGGAUGGCUCCUGCCACGCUUGCAGGCCUGGAUUCUAUAAAGCAUUUGCUGGAAACGUAAAGUGCUCCAAGUGCCCUCCACACAGUCUGACUUACGUAGAAGCAACUUCUGUCUGUCAGUGUGAGAAAGGUUACUUCAGAGCUGAGAAGGACCCACCAACUAUGGCAUGUACCCGGCCACCUUCUGCUCCAAGGAAUGUCAUUUUUAACAUUAACGAAACAGCUCUCAUGUUGGAAUGGAGCCCCCCGAGUGAUACUGGAGGAAGAAAAGAUCUCACUUACAGUGUCAUCUGUAAGAAAUGUGGGUCAGACACCAGCCAGUGUGAGAUUUGUGGAGGAGGUAUCCGUUUCAUCCCCAGGCACACAGGUCUCAUCAACUCCUCUGUGACGGUGCUUGACUUUGUGUCGCACGUGAACUACACCUUCGAAAUAGAAGCCACGAAUGGUGUCUCAGAGCUGAGUUUCUCUCCCAAGCAGUUCACAGCUAUCACAGUUACCACAGACCAAGAUG